AUGCCAGACAGCGUCGACGUCACCGACGCCAGAAAAAUUCCAGGGGUGUUGACGGACAAUUUGUUUGUCGAGAAGAACUCGGGCCUCACUGAUGUAGUAGUGCGAAAGGCAAUUAUGACGUGGCUUUCCGUAAAGGAUGACCCCAGCGUGUUGGAAGACGAGGUAGCGCUGGAACUCGAGAUUGUGGAGCAGAACAUGGCAAACUUGGAGGUUGAUGCCUCUUCUGACGACGAAGAUAGCGGGGAUAGGCCAGCCUCGUGUACUACAUCUUCGAUGACAGGCUCAGGUCCACGCUAG